AUGCGGAUACUGACUUGGAAUAUUAAUGGGAUCCGAACGAUACCCCAAUAUCACCCAUGGAAUACGCUGAAGAAGCAGGAAGCAAUCUUGGACCACCUGGAUGCCGACAUUAUAUGCUUUCAAGCCUUACUCGCCGUAGAGAUGAAAACUUCGCGUCAAAAUCUCAGCAAGGACAUCGCGACGCCAGAGUCCUACACGGCCUUCUUCUCAUUUCCUGCAAAGAAAACUGGCUACUCGGGAGUGGCAACUUACACACGUAUCAUACCUCAAAAAGCCGAGGAAGGACUGACUGGGCUAUUGGAUAUCAAACCACCGCUCGCUCACGAAGAACGAAUUUCCCCUAUUGCGUCUUAUCCAUGUCAUUCGCCUGUUGAGGCUGAAGGCGACGGAGAUGGCGAACUAGACCUCAAGGAUUUGGACAGCGAAGGCCGUGCUCUUGUGCUUGACUUUGGCAUGUUCGUGCUGAUCAAUGUUUACUGCCCCAACGACGGUACAGAUGCAGAAGACCGUAUCAAGUACAAGAUGGAUUUUCAUCGACUAUUGUCGGAACGAGUGAAGAGGCUAGUCGAAUUGGAAAAACGAGAGGUUAUUGUCGUUGGUGAUCUCAAUGCGUGCGCGUCGUUGAUUGAUCACUGCGAGGGAGAGAUCGUGCUGAAGAAGCUCAAACUUAAAGGUGCAGGAGACGCAGCUGUUGCAGAAGAAACAUUUUGGGCAGAGAAAGAGGGUAGGCAUUGGCUGAGGGAGUGGCUUAUUGAAGGAGGGGGGUCGAUGGUCGACGUAGUGAGGCGACAAUGGCCUGAUAGGAAGGGUAUGUUUACUUGCUGGAAUACCAAGAUAUCUGCCCGAGCAUCAAAUUAUGGUACGCGCAUAGACUACAUCCUGAUCACCCCCGGUCUACUUCCAUGGGUGAAAGCGGCGGACAUACAGCCUCAUGUCAAGGGUAGUGAUCACUGCCCAGUCAUGCUCGACCUUUAUGACCAACUACCGGGCACGGAGGAGCCAUGUCAGUUUCAACGUAUGCUGGGCACAAAUGCCGUUGAAGUGCCUAGACUCUCCUCCAAGUAUUGGGACGAGUUUUCGGGGAAACAGCGUUCCAUUGAUACGUUCUUCGGGCAAAACGCACCUACACGUAAAUUCGCUAGUGACACCCAACCAGCAUCGCCAAUAUCGCUUUCGCCUUCACCAACACCCUCGUCUCAAUUGUCCUCGCAGGCCUCGUCAUCAAAAAGCAUAGGUAAAUUACAGCUGUCGCAGCCUGUGCCUGUAAAGCGUAAGCAAUCUCAGCUGCAAGUUUCAUCCAGCUGCAAGAAGGCGAAACUCGACCCCGAAGGACAGACAAAGCUUUCGUCAUUCUUCAGCAAACCAAAGGAGCCAGCUAAACCAAUGACAGUGCAAGAUGAUGACGAUGAUAUGGAAGAUGAAGAUUACCGAUUAGCAGUGAAGCUCUCACUGUCAGUCGACGCAAAGACGACCUCCUCGUCUUCAUCAAAGAGCCGCAGUGCAUGGAAAGCACUUCUGGCCCCUAUCCAGCCACCCCACUGUCUUGUUCACAACGAACCUGCGAAGGAGUUGACUGUUACAAAGCCUGGAACCAAUAAAGGAAAGAAUUUUUUCAUCUGUUCGCGACCUGUUGGCCCGGGUUAUGAUAAAGGAAGAGUUGAACGAGAUAGAGAAGACGUGGAUCCGAGAUAUAAAUGCAACUUUUUCAAAUGGUCAAGUGAAGUCAAGAGAGAGGCUUUGAGGAAGGAGACCUGA